AGAGAGAGAGAGAGUGGAGGACAAUUACGUUAACAGAGAAGGAAUAAAAACGUUACUUUGAGUUUAUAAUGGUGGCAAGUUAAUUAAGCCAAAGAGUAAUCUGACUCCAGAAACGACGCGCCUAGACGAACGGACAAAACAACUACAUCACCGCCCAGCUUCAAUGGCGGAUUAAAAAUCCUGUGUGUGACUUGUUCCUGCCACUAAAAUACCAACUUCUCGUGCUAAUUUCACCACCAUCUCGUGAUUUAACAUCGUCUAUUUACCGGCAACUGCCCCUCCCUGUAUUUAGCUGUGAGAGAGAAUCUGGUGGACUUUUAGCUGUGAUUUAGCUGUCUUUUGGUUCAUUAUUUUUUCUCCUUCACACACCUCCAAAAUCCCUUGAAAAAACCCUCUCCCCCAUUCUCCCCCUCUCUCUCCUCAAACCCCAAAACAAAAUCUCUCUCUCUCUAUUUCUUUCUCUCUCAGAUCUCAGGCCAACACCCAUUUUGAGUUUCAGAGCAUUUCUUGCAAAACCCAUUUUCUUGGUUGAGGUACAUACAGAACAGCCAAGAUAAAUAAACAGAGAGUGGCAUUUGCUAGAGCGGACGUCUCAUGUGAGAUGAGGAAGAAGACCCACUUCUAUCCUCAUUUCUCUCUUCUCAUUGCCUUCUUCUUUCUUGGCACAAUUGUGUGCUUCUCUUCUGCUGCUUCUCAGCAGAUCCCGACAAUCCCCUCCCAUGGACGCCUCACUGAUGCUGAAGCUAUGUACAUCAGGAAGCGCCAGCUUCUUUAUUACAGAGAUGAAUUUGGUGAUAGAGGUGAGAGAGUCACUGUAGACCCAUCUCUGGUUUUUGAGAAUCCAAGACUUCGAAAUGCUUAUAUAGCAUUGCAAGCUUGGAAACAAGCUAUCCUCUCUGAUCCUAUGAAUCUUACUGCCAAUUGGGUCGGAUCUGAUGUUUGCCACUACACUGGGGUUUACUGUGCUCACGCUCUCGAUAACAAGACCAUCAAAACUGUCGCCGGCAUUGACCUCAACCACGGUGAUAUUGCUGGCUACUUACCGGAGGAGCUUGGCUUGCUGGUGGAUCUUGCAUUGUUUCACAUCAACUCCAACAGGUUUUGUGGAACUGUACCUCACAAGUUCAAAGACUUGGGACUGCUUUUUGAGCUGGAUCUUAGCAACAACCGGUUUGCUGGGAAAUUCCCUCAAGUUGUCCUCAAGCUACCCAUGCUAAAAUUUUUGGAUCUGAGGUUCAAUGAAUUUGAGGGUACUGUACCAAAAGAGCUAUUUGAUAAAGAUUUAGAUGCAAUCUUCAUCAACCACAACAGGUUCGUUUUCGAUAUUCCAGAUAAUUUUGGCAACUCCCCAGUUUCUGUUAUUGUUUUAGCCAACAAUAAGUUCCAUGGCUGUGUGCCUUCAAGCUUGGGUAACAUGACAAAUCUCAAUGAAAUCAUCCUCAUGAAUAAUAAUCUAAAGUCCUGUUUGCCACCGGAGAUUGGUAUGCUCAAGGACUUGAAUGUUUUUGAUGUAAGCUUUAACCAGUUAAUGGGUUCAUUGCCGGACACAUUUGGAGGUAUUGUUGGACUUGAGCAACUCAAUGUGGCUCAUAACAUGCUAUCUGGGAGUAUUCCACCUAGUAUUUGCAAGUUACCCAAUUUGGAGAACUUUACCUUUUCUUAUAACUUCUUCACUGGAGAGCCGCCGGUGUGCUUGAGCCUCAGAGACUUCGAUGACAGGAAGAAUUGCUUGCCUGCGAGGCCGUCACAAAGGUCUCCAGCCCAAUGCAGGGCAUUUAAGCCUGUGGAUUGUAGUGUGUUCAGAUGUAAGCCUUUUGUUCCUUCUUUGCCUGCUCCUCCUCCACCUUCCCCACCACCACCAGUUGUUAUUCCUCUAUCACCACCUCCGCCACCGCCACCGGUUUACUCACCUCCUCCUCCACCACCGGUUUACUUACCACCUCCUCCUCCACCUUCACCCCCACCACCAGUAUACUCGCCACCUCCCCCUCCACCGUCACCCCCACCACCUGUAUACUUAUCUCCACCACCUCCUUCUCCCCCAAUACCUUCUCCACCACCGCCACCUCCUCCAGUUUACUCUCCGCCCCCUCCUCCACCUUCCCCACCUCCACCAUCUCCUCCCCCACCCUCUCCUCCACCGCCUUUAGUAUAUCCACCACCACCGUCACCUCCUCCUCCAUCUCCACCACCACCUUCACCGUUGCCUCCUUGUGUGCGACACCCGCCACCUCCUCCACCAAAUUCUCCACCACCUCCACCUCCAUUAUCUUCCCCUCCACCGCCAACUCCUUACUAUUACAGCUCUCCACCCCCACCCUCCCCACCUCCACCCCCACAUUCACCUCCACCACCCCCACAUUCACCUCCCCCACCUUUCUAUCCAUACUUGUCACCUCCGCCUCCACCUAUCUAUUCUCCACCUCCUCCCGUCCAUUCGCCACCACCACCAUCGCCACCCCCUUGUAUAGAACCACCACCACCACCACCACCACCAUGUAUAGAAUAUUCACCACCUCCACCAUCGCCGCCACCACCAACGCAUUACAAGCCACCACCAUCCCCGUCACCACCUCCACCACAACCUGUUUAUAACUCACCACCGCCUCCACCUGUAACGUAUGCAUCUCCACCACCGCCACUUCACUACCAUUCUCCACCGCCACCAUCGCCGCCCCCUCCAAUUCCAUGUGAAAAUCCACCUCCGCCACCGUCUCCAUCACCACCUCCACCCAUACUAAGUCCACCCCCUCCAGCUCCAGUGUACGAGGGGCCAUUGCCACCAAUCACUGGGGUCUCAUACGCGUCACCUCCUCCACCACCCUACUAUUGAUUCUUUUGAAAUUUACCUCCUCUGACCUUUCAUCAAACCAAACGAAGGCUUACAAAUUUGUCACGAGGGCUUCUUUUCUCUUAGGGCAAUUCUCAUCGCUCGGUGAGAAAGGAAUAAGGAGAUUUGUUCUACUGUUUUAGGAUUAAUGCUCUCCAACAAAUGGUCUCUGAGGACUAGCACUAUAGCAUUAUUGAUUAAGAAAUGCAGAGAACAAGAUGGAGAGGUAAGAGGAGGAAGUCUUUCCAUAUUUAUUCGAAUUGUUAUGGAAUAUUUGAGUCCCAAAAAUAAAAUAAAAAAUGGCAGAGAAAAAGUAGGUUUGCAGAGAAAGUUGUAUGUAUAGUUAUGGAAUGGAGACCAUAAUCAGGGCUACUGCUGCUGCUGGUUUCGGGCCUUCUAUUGUUAUUACAUUACCUCUUCUUCUUCUUCUUCUUCUUCUUAUAUACUUCUGUUCUUUUGGUUCUUUCUUUCCAAUUUUAUAGUAUAAUCAUGAACAUUUCACUUGUAUUGAUUUGCAGAA